CCAGGGGACUCCCUAAAGGGCCCGCUGUGUCCCAGCUGGGAAGACGGGGCUCACUGUCGGCCACAGAGCCCAGAUUCCUCCGAGACCGAGGCCGAGGCCGAGGCCGAGCCUUCGGGCUUCCUCACGGCCUGGAGCUGCCGCACCUUUGUCCCUGACCCUGACUUCCACUCCCCCAGUCCUGACCCUGACUUCCUGUCCUCCAGCCCUGACUCUGACUUCCACUCCCCCAGUCCUGACCCUGACUUCCUCUCCCCCAGCCCUGACCCUGACUUCCACUCCCCCAGUCCUGACCCUGACUUCCUGUCCCCCAGCCCUGACCCUGACUUCCACUCCCCCAGUCCUGACCCUGACUUCCUGUCCCCCAGCCCUGACCCUGACUUCCUCUCCCCCAGCCCUGACCCUGACUUCCUGUCCUCCAGCCCUGACUCUGACUUCCUGUCCCCCAGUCCUGACCCUGACUUCCUGUCCCCCAGCCCUGACCCUGACUUCCUGUCCCCCAGUCCUGACCCUGACUUCCUCUCCCCCAGUCCUGACCCUGACUUCCUGUCCCCCAGUCCUGACCCUGACUUCCUGUCCCCCAGCCCUGACCCUGACUUCCUCUCCCCCAGCCCUGACCCUGACUUCCUGUCCCCCAGCCCUGACCCUGACUUCCUGUCCCCCAGCCCUGACCCUGACUUCCUGUCCCCCAGCCCUGACCCUGACUUCCUGUCCCCCAGCCCUGACCCUGACUUCCUGUCCCCCAGCCCUGACCCUGACUUCCUCUCCCCCAUUCCUGACCCUGACUUUCUGUCCCCCAGCCCUGACCCUGACUUCCUGUCCCCCAGCCCUGACCCUGACUUCCUGUCCCCCAGCCCUGACUCUGACUUCCUGUCCCCCAGCCCUAACCCUGACUUCCUGUCCCCCAGCCCUGACCCUGACUUCCUGUCCCCCAGCCCUGACCCUGACUUCCUCUCCCCCAGUCCUGACCCUGACUUCCUUCCUGACCCUGACUUCCUGUCCCCCAGUCCUGACCCUGACUUCCUGUCCCCCAGCCCUGACCCUGACUUCCUGUCCCCCAGCCCUGACCCUGACUUCCUGUCCCCCAGCCCUGACCCUGACUUCCUGUCCCCCAGCCCUGACCCUGACUUCCUGUCCCCCAGCCCUGACCCUGACUUCCUCUCCCCCAUUCCUGACCCUGACUUUCUGUCCCCCAGCCCUGACCCUGACUUCCUGUCCCCCAGCCCUGACCCUGACUUCCUGUCCCCCAGCCCUGACUCUGACUUCCUGUCCCCCAGCCCUAACCCUGACUUCCUGUCCCCCAGCCCUGACCCUGACUUCCUGUCCCCCAGCCCUGACCCUGACUUCCUCUCCCCCAGUCCUGACCCUGACUUCCUUCCUGACCCUGACUUCCUGUCCCCCAGUCCUGACCCUGACUUCCUGUCCCCCAGUCCUGACCCUGACUUCCUGUCCCCCAGUCCUGACCCUGACUUCCUCUCCCCCAGCCCUGACCCUGACUUCCUGUCCCCCAGUCCUGACCCUGACUUCCUGUCCCCCAGUCCUGACCCUGACUUCCUGUCCCCCAGUCCUGACCCUGACUUCCUGUCCCCCAGCCCUGACCCUGACUUCCUGUCCCCCAGUCCUGACCCUGACUUCCUGUCCCCCAGUCCUGACCCUGACUUCCUGUCCCCCAGUCCUGACCCUGACUUCCUGUCCCCCAGUCCUGACCCUGACUUCCUCUCCCCCAGCCCUGACCCUGACUUCCUGUCCCCCAGCCCUGACCCUGACUUCCUGUCCCCCAGCCCUGACCCUGACUUCCUGUCCCCCAGUCCUAACCCUGACUUCCUCUCCCCCAGUCCUGACCCUGACUUCAUUUCUCCCUGA